AGACCGUGUUGUAUCGAUAGCUUCAACUGACUCAGCUGUAUCCAUAUCCUUCAUAUCUUGUCUUGCACCCCUUCUAUCCAUCCCUUACUCUCUCAUUCCUCCUCUAAUCGACACGAAAAGAUAGACGAAGAUGCAAUCAAUCCUCCGCUGGUCCAUCGAAAACUCGGAUCCGAGCAGCAGCCAAAACGCAAGCCAUGUAGAACCGAGAAAAAUCGACCCGGAGAUCAUCGACAUGAUCCUGGGCAAGCCUGACUCGGAGCUGAUGAAGGAGGCGCUCGCUAUCGCUGUUGACGAGAGCCGGGACGAAGACGAGCGGGUGCAAGCUUUGGACGACUUCGAGAUGCUCAUUGAGCAGAUCGACAAUGCAAACAACCUCGAGAAACUACACAUGUGGGAGCCGCUUCACAACCUCCUCCUCUCCCCCACCUCUCCAACGUCACUCAAGUCGCACGUCCUCUGGAUACUCGGUACUGCCGUGCAAAACAACCCCGCCGCGCAGCAUGCCUAUUCCCAGAUCACGCCUCCGCCAGUACCGACCCUCCUCUCGUUCCUCUCGCCCGCCUCAACGUCCUCUCCCAAAGUGCGCUCAAGGGCGGUAUACGCGCUCUCCGGCCUGCUGAAGCACAACGUCGCGGCGGUGCGCCAGCUCGAUCGCGAAGAUGAGGCGGGCUGGGCCGUGCUCCGGGACGCGCUCGAAGACUCAGACGUCACCGUGCGGCGCAAGGUCGCGUUUCUGCUCGGCGCGCUCCUCACGCCCACUUCGACCUAUUCCGAUUCUUCACCUCUACCUUCCGCCUCGGGACCGACGCUGCACACCUCCCCUCCCCCUCCCCCCGAUCAGAACAGCCAACCCGUUCACCCCAAUUCGCACGCGUCGAUGGUCGCCGACCCGUCCUCGGCGAACACCUCUCCUCUGGCCGUCUCCGCGCUCGCCGCUCACGGCAUCCUCGACAAGCUGAUUAGCGCGCUUGCGCACCCCGUACCCCACGGCGCCGACGGCGAGCACGACGGCCGCGAUGCCGACUUUGAGGAAAAGGUCGUCAAUGCACUGUAUACGUACGCCGUCGUGUGUGGUGCGCCGCUUGAGCAGGGACAGAAGCAGGCUCUGCGGGCGUAUUUGGAGGCGGAAGCGAAGGGCGAAGCGGGAACCCACAGUUGGGGAUUGACGGAUCGGGAACUACGGGCCCUGAAGACAAAGAUUCGGGACUAGGAUAUUGAUUAGAUGUUCACAGUACUCCUUCGAGCCCUGAAUUAAUAACAUGCGUUCC